GUAAAACCCUAUUAAUUAACCAUCUAAUAUUAAUUAAUUAGGUCACCGGAAGGCAUCUAAACUGAAAAAGUUGCCGUCAUUAUGUUCUAUUCGCUAACACUUUUGGGUAGGAAAGGUCCAUUAGCGACCGUAUGGCAAGCAGCGACCAUCCAAAGCAAUUUAAAAAAGUCUCAAUAUGCUUCCACUAACAUACUCUCUACUGUUGAGCUCAUCAUGUUUCCGCAAGUACCCUUUGCACUGCGGCAGUAUGGCACCCUUCUGCUUGGAGUUGUUCGGAUACACUCAAAGCAAGUUGAAUACUUUUUCCAAGACUGCAGAAACUUAGAAACGGGGAUAAGAAAGGCAUAUUCUUUUACAAAUGUCAAUCUUCCGGAAGAUGCCACUCAUGCAUCAUACCACUCCAUUACUUUGCCAGAAACAUUUGAACUAGAUGCCUUAGAUUUUGAUGAUGAUCUUGACCUGAAUAGGUUUGAGGAUACUCAUUUUAAAAAUCAAGAAGAGAUAACUUUGGGAGAUCAAAUACUAACACGUGAAGAUCAGUAUGUAGGUAUUUUCAUUGAUGAGGACAUAUGGACGAGUUUGUCAAAACCGGGUGAAGUUUCUGGAUUAGGUGGCCUGCCUUUGGAGCUAGAUUCUGAUCCUUCAAACCCAGAUAGAACUUCUGGUCAAUCUCAAAAUUUUUCCCCUAAGAAUCAGGAAGCAUUAAACAAAGGAACUGUUCGCGAGGACAUUCCUCAAGAUAUUCCAGAAAUCGAAAUCAUGCGUGAUGCUGUCCAUGAUCAUGUUUAUGAGAGUGUUCCGUUAUGGCCGGACCACGGUAAUGAUGUGAUGGAACCAGAUAAAGCUCUGGAGGAACAGAUCAUGAAAGACAAGGAAACGGCAACCCCAGUUGUGGAAGAAAUGGUGGCCUCUGGAGGACACACUCUCCCACUUCAACAACGAGAAGAACCACCUUCUACUACUGCAGCAGAGGUUCAUGAAUUCACUAAUCCACAGAUAUUUUUCGGUCAUCAGUCACUUGAUUUAGCACUUCGAUCAACACCCCCACCUGAGGAGCCAAAAGCAAGGAGAAGAAAGCGAAAGCAAAAGCUAGAUGAAGAUAUAGUUUUGUCGAAUGCUUAUAUUCGAAGGUAUCUAGACGAUACCGGUGAAUUGAAAAGAAACGAGAGACGUAGAAAAGAUAACAGUGAAUUGGAAUGCCAGGAAAAGAAGGAUCCUUUCUCUUUGGUCUUAUGGAAACGAAACAAGAGAUGUAGAAAAGAUGAAAUGUUAUUUGAGCCUGUAUUAACUGGAUUAUGUGAUGAUCUUUGCAACAUCUACAAGGAAGGUUUCAUUUCAGAAAAAGUCAAGAUGGCUUCCUCACAGGAGGAUCAUGCAGAACCCAGUGGUAAAUAUUCCCCUCAACCUGUGAAUGGUCUUGGGAAUGAGAUCGAAAGACUACGUGAUAAUCAAGACCAUGCAUGCACCAACUUGUUGUCUGAAAUUUUGCCUUCACCAAAUAAGUUCAUUUCCUCUCCACCAGACCGAAGAGAUGAUUUCACUCCUGCUACAGCAACUGUUGGGACACAAUCAGAUCAGAUGGGAAGAACUACGGAGAGUGGGGCCCUCCCGAUGCCCGACCCAGCAGCAUCUACUGGACAUGUUGGUUCUGAUAUGGAGACCCCGUCAACAUGGUACGAAGAGGGACUAGGUUUGGAGAAUACAGUUCUGUCUGAUAUUCCUGUGUUUGAUCAUUCUGCUGGGGAUCUGAAUUUUCUGGAUCAAGAUGACGACACUCCUAUUGGUCACUUAUCAAUUAAGCAAGGGGUAACACCAGAGUUUGACACAUUACCUAUUAGAACAAGAGCUAUGGCUCAAUUUUUGCAAGGGCAAUCACCAGUAACCCCCAUCUCAGAAAAGGCUAUAAAUCUUAGCUUAAAUACAAUUCUAGAAGGCAAAAACAGGACAAUAUGUGCUCGAAUGGUUUUCGAGACUCUGGUGUUGCAGAAAUGUGGACUUGUCGAUGUGAAUCAAAAUGAACCUUAUGGUGAUAUAACUUUGAAGGUUACUUCCAAACUGAAGGAAUGCUUUGCUAGCUGAGGUCAUUGUGUAGAUCUAUAUAUAGAGUUAAAUUAUUGUACAGACAUACAGGAUUAGCAAGCUAUAUGAGGAUGUCUAAACUAUUAGCAUUAACUAUGGCUUCAAGUAAAUUGGCACUGUUUUGCUACUCUAUGAAGUCUCUCUGCUGGCUGACUUUUUUUUUUUUUUUUUUUUUUCAGUUUCUGUUCUUUUAGGUACAGCUCCUUCUUUUUUCUUCUUUAUAAGUCAAAUAAAAUCUAAUAACUCGUUCAAAAA